CCGCCGCAGGCCGGCUGCGGCGGACUGGGCGGCGGAAGUUUGACGGCGCGGGGAGAGUGGCUGCGGCGGCGGCGCCGGAGUCCCCGCAGACCUCCGCCAGUGCCCGCAGCGGUGCCGGACGCCAGGCGAGCCUGGGUGUGAGAUCCCGGACAGGAGGAGGAACCGCCUCUGACACACAGACAUGGACCUGGAGGCCAAAGUGAAGAAGAUGGGCUUAGGUCAUGAGCAAGGAUUUGGAGCCCCCUGUUUAAAAUGCAAAGAAAAAUGUGAGGGAUUCGAACUGCAUUUCUGGAGAAAAAUAUGUCGUAACUGCAAGUGUGGCCAAGAAGAGCAUGAUGUCCUCUUGAGCAAUGAAGAGGAUCGAAAAGUGGGGAAACUUUUUGAAGACACCAAGUAUACCACCCUGAUUGCAAAGCUAAAAUCAGAUGGCAUUCCCAUGUAUAAACGCAAUGUUAUGAUACUGACCAAUCCAGUUGCUGCCAAGAAGAAUGUCUCCAUCAAUACAGUUACCUAUGAAUGGGCUCCUCCUGUCCAGAAUCAGGCAUUGGCCAGACAGUACAUGCAGAUGCUACCCAAAGAAAAGCAGCCAGUGGCAGGCUCAGAGGGGGCGCAGUACCGGAAGAAGCAGUUGGCAAAGCAACUCCCUGCCCAUGACCAGGACCCUUCAAAGUGCCAUGAGUUGUCUCCCAAAGAGGUGAAGGAGAUGGAGCAGUUUGUAAAGAAGUAUAAGAGCGAGGCUCUGGGAGUAGGAGAUGUCAAACUUCCCCGUGACAUGAAUGCUCAAGGCCCCAACAGAGUGUACGUUCCUGGAGGGGACAGAAGCACCACAACAGCGGUAGGGGCCAUGGAGGACAAAUCGGUCGAACACAAAAGAACUCAGUAUUCCUGCUACUGCUGCAAACUGAGUAUGAAGGAAGGAGACCCAGCCAUCUAUGCUGAAAGGGCAGGCUACGAUAAACUGUGGCACCCAGCUUGUUUCGUCUGCAGUACCUGCCAUGAACUCCUGGUUGACAUGAUUUAUUUUUGGAAGAAUGGCAAGCUGUACUGUGGCAGGCAUUACUGUGACAGUGAAAAACCCCGGUGUGCUGGCUGUGAUGAGCUGAUAUUCAGCAAUGAGUAUACCCAGGCAGAAAACCAAAACUGGCAUCUGAAACACUUCUGCUGCUUUGACUGUGACAACAUCCUAGCUGGGGAGAUAUACGUGAUGGUCAACGACAAGCCUGUGUGCAAGCCCUGCUAUGUGAAGAACCAUGCUGUGGUAUGUCAAGGAUGCCACAAUGCCAUUGAUCCCGAAGUGCAGCGGGUGACCUAUAACAACUUCAGCUGGCACGCGUCCACAGAGUGCUUUCUGUGCUCCUGCUGCAGCAAGUGUCUCAUUGGGCAGAAGUUCAUGCCAGUAGAAGGGAUGGUUUUCUGUUCAGUGGAGUGUAAGAAGAUGAUGUCUUAAGAGGAGAGCACCAAGCAAUAUUGAGCCAUAACUAUCCAGAGUGGUCUGCAUUUCUACUGUAAAAUGCAAUUUGGAAAAAUAAAAAGAGAAAGAGAAACU